AUGGCUUCGCUAUUGGUGUCUUUUCUCUUCCUUUUUUCACUUGAUACACAUUUGACACGUAUUCCCUGUUGCGUUGCUGUGCUCUUGACAGACUUUCCAGAUUCUGAAUACGACUUCAGUCGCUCGCUGGCAGAUGUGUCGAAGGCAAUUUUCGAUGAUGAUGACGAAGGAUUUGUUUCUUUCCAAUCCGGGGGGCCUUACCAGAACAGCGACGAUUCUGGAGGCAGCCGACACCGUUCAAAAGGAUUCUUGGCAGCUUUGUUGAUUCUGAAUCUUUAUUUCGAUUCCAGUGUGGCAUUGUGGCAGAAUGUGUACAAAGAUGCACAAUUGAGUCGUGAUGGGCCGAACUGUAAAGCAGUCCAUGACUGGGUGUUCGAAAACCGAGAGGGCUUUGCUGCACGGGCUAACAAGACAUUCCACGCAGCUCCUGGUUGUCCAGCAAGUAUCGUUGAAGGUCUCAAAAAGCCACAACAGGCAAGCCUCCUCUUCAGACGCCUCAGCGUAUCUGAGGAGGUUAUGCGAGAAGAUCGGCUGUGUUCAUGGCAAGCAGUUGUUUCUUUGCCAACUGCGCGCCUGAAAUGCAAGCCUCAGGGCUUCACAAAAGGCUGUGCGCUAUCCUUCCAGGCCACGUGUGGCCUUAUUUUGUAUUACUGCUACAACUACUGGGUGGGUGGUUUGGAACUUGUCAAGGAAUGUUUUAACCUUGGCCGGCUGCUGAAAUUCAGCGCUGUAGGUAUGAUGUUUGGUUGUGGUGCGGUCUUCAGCUUCCUAGCGCAGGAUGCACUUUCCCCUGGCAGCUAUGCGCUCUACGCGCAGUCAGGUGUGGUAGUUGUUCCCAUCAUUUGGAGACUCAUGUUCAGGAAACCCUUAGCAGUGGUGACGUGGAUCCAUAUCGGCGUGAUUGCAAUUGGAAUUGUCGCCUACCGAGUUUCUGAAAUUGAUUUGGACCACUUGUUUGACGGCAUUGGGCUGCUAUGGGUGCUGCUGAAGGUCCUCAUGGCUGGUUUGGGCUCCGUCAUAGCGGAGCUUCUGCUGAAGCAAGAUACUUCGUUGCCUUUCACCGUGCACCUUGGCAGCCCUCGAAUCAAAGGAAUGGACUGCCGCAGCAGCGGUAAAAGCUUCCUAAUCUUGGAUUGGAGCCAGCCUGAUGUCAGGCAACGGGACUUCUUUUCACAUCAGCUGCUCGCCUAUUUCGUCGAAGACAACGCAGGCACUUGGUUUGCUAUCUGGCAACGGAAGCACUUUGCGAAUGAGGAGAUUCCGGCGGAGUGCAUCCAAUGCAGAAGUCGGAACAGGAACCAUGUUGUGGACACCUUUGUACACGGGUCGUUGCAGCAAAGCACGAAAACCACAGCGAAAAGCCUGUACAACCGUGAGGCGCCACGUGCACUCGAGCGACCAGAAGAACGAGAUAACGGCCGACGGCUCCCAUGCCGCGACCCGGAACUGGAUCUCCCUCUGGAUUGCUGGCGCCUCCUGUCCUUCUUCUCCCGUUUCUCCGCCGCUCUCUUUGGAGCCGGAAUCCUUUUGAUAGAUGUUUGCUUGGAAGAAGAAGCUGGCGCGAUCUUCAGCUUGUGCUUCUCCACAAGCUCGGCAUUGUUUUGGGCUAGAAAGGCCAAGGACAGCUUGCUCUCACUUCUGUUGUGCUUGGUUCUGCUUGUUCAUGCGCGACUGCACAGCCGGCCUUUCCUGCCGUACAAGGCUGUCGACAAACUGCACGGCCUUCGCGCUCAUGGUCUGCCUAAUGCCAUCAUCCGUGUGCCCGUGCCCUGCAAACCAGGAGUAGCAUUGCCGGCUGCCUUCUUGCGGUGGUCGAUCCCUCCCAACGAGCCUAUGGUUGCCACGCAGCUGCUUGCGACAUUUGUCGGAGCUAUAGCGCUGAUUGACCGACAUCUUCGAGAAGCCGGACAACUGCAACAUUUCGAGUUGAGUGUGUUCGGUUUCAUAUUCUCCUACGUUUUGAUGCUUUCUCAUCAUGGUCGGAGAAUGUCAGUGAUCAGUGCGUUUGCGGCGGCUUUGGCCGGGGCAUGUUCUGUGAUGCUAGUCGUGCGCUUCGACAUGCAAGUGCAGUCGCUACGCUUUGUGUCGGGCUUGUGCACAGCAUGGGUUGGGAUGAAGCUCUUCAAGAGACGUGUGCUGGGUGCAGCGGGUGCAGCGAUCGGCUUUUUCUGUGGCAUUUUUAUUCUGCCUUUGGCGAUGGAACAGCUCUUUCCGGUAGAAGAGUUUCAGGCAGCAUUCGAACUGAUCGAAGAGUUUUUGCCCAGUCUUCGCAAAGACGCUCUAGAGCUAAUGGUUAUUACGAUUCAAACGCAGGUGGCGCUCGGAUACCUCGGUGUUGCUUUUAUUCAGUCAGCUCAGGUCCGCAAAAACCUUUUGUUGACAGUGGAUCGGCGACAUGAAACGCCAACGUCUGCUGCACAUUUUGCACGACAUGCCAUCAGCUUCAUGGCUUUGGUUGCAAUUCCCUAUAUGCUCGAAAGAACACUCAUGGAAAAUGUGGGGCACUACACCUUUGCUAUUUUUGCCAACAAGGUGGAAAGGAGUUUGCGAAUACAAAAUCUGUUUCCAACUGGUGAGACCCACCAACUUUGCCUCCUCUCGGCAGUCACAUCCACGAAUUUGACAGUGGAUACUUAUGCGGAUCAGAUCAACUCUGUGGUUGCCUCGACCUUUGACAUUGUCAAGCGGGAAAUAUUUUCUCUGCCAAAACUGGCAUUUCUUCCUGGAAUUCUCAUCAGCAACCCACUCUUGGUUUUGCUGCUUCUGCAUGCCAACAUAGGUUUGGAUUUUGCGCGAGCCAAAGUGAUUGGAUACUUGAACGGUCGCAUUGAGAUCUUGCGGCGGAACAUCCAAGACCUCGGCUCUCGCCGAAGCGAAGUCGAGCAACACGACACCAACAGUGCAGAAGCUUUGCUUCGAGUUGGGGCGACACACAUUGCAGAGGCUCAAUGGCGCAAAAUCACUCUUCAACUCCAAGAGAUGACACUAAGGUAUCAAGUCUUGAACCUGUUCCGUGGCUUCAUUGAUCACCUCUACAAGCUGGACAUUGUCGUGCCGGGAAUCGAAUGUGCAAUGGCAUACUUACUGCAAUUCCAAGCCAUCACAGCAGCAGAUAUUUGGGUCUUCACUCGUGUUGUGGAAGAUGCCAUGUUGUUUGUGCUGGUCAGAUGGCGAGAACAAUCCAAGUUGGAAAAUUUAAAAAGCAACGUUGGGCGCCUACGCGCAUUGUCAGAGAAUUUGGCAGCUUAUGCGAACAGAACAAGGCACACAUGUAACGUGAUGAAAUAUGAAGGCACUCGCCUCCAAGAAAAGCGAAAAGAUCUCGGCGAUCUUGGCGUGAGGCUUCACAACUUCACAUACCGCCGUGGCCAUGUACGGGUCAGGUUCAAGGACAUUGUCCUCAGGGCUGGCAAGGUGUAUGCAAUCACUGGUGCUAAUGGCUGUGGGAAAAGCACUUUUUUUGCAUUGCUCGCUUCGUGUGGACAUUUUUCUGCUGCUUUGCCACCUGGCAUGAGUGAAGUGGGUAAAGAUUGGGAAGAUGGAUCUUUGCCUCUUCUGGAUGACAGCGGUGUCAUGCGGGGCAUUGCGCUUCCUAGCGAUGACAUUGUUGAGAUUUCUCAGCAAAUGUAUUGUCCUUUAUACAUUGAACCAAUGACCUGGUUGCAGCGGCAUGUUGCAGAGAGAGAAACAUCUCCUCAAAUUCCUCAACUCUUGAGCGAGCUUGACUUUGCAAAAGAGAGUAGUGGUGGAUUGAGAGAUUUUCACUCUGUGGAGACCAAUUGGUAUGGCAAGUUGUCGGGUGGCCAACGCUCCAAAGCAGAGCUUAUCAGUCAAGUCUUCUUACGUCACAGGUGCCCGGACAUCCUUCUUAUAGACGAAGCUCUGGCACCUUUGGAUGCCGAUUCAAAGAUCUUAGUCCAGCGGAAGUUGAAAUCCUUUUGCAAUGAGUCAGUGGUCAGCUAUUUGGUUGGCUGGGAGGACUUGGAUCCUGGAAGUUCAGCAGGUCAGCUGAAGCUGACGGGUGGUAUUGUCCAGAAACUGAAGCGCCAUAGUCGCACGGUGGAGCUGACCUGA